GGGAAACCUGACUGUCUCCUGCUGGCAGAGCAGACAUACAGACCAGUGUAUUGAAUUUCAUCCAGCAGGGAGAAGACAGGAUUCGAACUGCCUACAACAACAUGGAGAAAUCUCCUGAACACAGAGCUGAGAUACUUUCCUGUCGCUAUGGCAAAACACCACGGGCAAGGCAGAUUGUACAAGACAGAGUUGAUUUUGGCUUAUGGCUCCAGAGACGUGAGGUCCGUCGUGUCAAGGAAGUCUGGAAGCAUGGGGCGGGCAUGGUGGCUGCAGCAGGAUGCUGGGAUGGUGGUGGGAUGCUGAGAGCCCACAUCUUGGACCACAAGUAUAGAGCAGAAAGCAAACUGGAAAUGGCAUGGGUCUCUCAACUCUCAACGCCACCUCCAAGGACAUGCUUUCCCACAGCAGCACACUUCCUGGGCCUCCAAGCAGUGCCACCAACAGGGGACAAGAUGUUCAAAUGCCUGAGACUGCGGGACGUUCUCUCUAACCAGGUCCUCACUUCCUUCCCUUCCCUUCCUUUUACCUGCCCUCCUUCUCCUCUAUCCCCUGAGCCGCAUCCUCAACCCCUGUCUCGUCUUCUUUUCCACGGUACCCUACGACAGCUGGGACAGGAUGGAGAAGCCUCGUCUCUGGGUUCUCACUGCGUCUGCAAUAGCAGUGUGAGCAGGCAGCUGCCUCCCGUAUCCCACUGCUGCAUUUCUGGGACUCGGGAUCACAGGGCAGGGGCGCGAGAAGGCACUGCAGAGGGAAACGUCUUGCCAGCAAGAAGAUGGAACUCAUAGCUAGUGACCAUGUGUUGCUUCUUACCAUUGCUGCGUAACGAAUAAACCCAACAGCUUUGUACCACAA